AUGGGAAUUCAUCACUGUCUCAUUGGAUUCCUGGGAUUCAUAAACUAUGCAUCAUGCCUUGAGGAUGCACUCGUCGACAUUGGCCAAACCAAUGGGACAUCGCCGGGACCAAACGCCAUCUCGCCGAGCAUUGCGAGUAAUGAUUGCUCAGCAGAAGUAGAGAAACUAGAGCAACCAGUAAUUCAAGUAUGUGACACACCAGAUGGGAAGUUCAACAUGUCUACGACGAACUCGACGAUAGGUGAAAAUGACACUGAGAUCAACACAAGUUUUGCACGUCAGGUAAACCCAGAUCCUGUUUUGAUUUCGAUCACUGCAUCUGAUGAUGUUAGUCCGCUGGCUUCGGUUUGUGCCGACGUGGAGCAGAACGACAACGACACGAGGUUUCUCUCAUUUGACGAGUGGAAAGAACUGAAACUCAGCCAGGACUCCAAAAGGGAAGUACACCCAGACUUGAAAUUGGUUGAACACUCGGAACCCAGUGGCUUUAGGAGCGAAACAAUUGGUGAUGAACUGGAGAUCGAUGUUGGUCUUUUCACGUCUCAUGGAAGCAGCGCAGACGAAGAACCCGAAGGUAAAUUAUACAAAGACCGUUUCAACUAUGCUUCACUAGGCUGUGCUGCCACAAUUGUCAAGACCAAUUCCGAAGCUUCUGGGGCUAAUUCGAUUUUACACGAAAACAAAGACAAGUAUCUUUUGACCCCAUGUUCUGCGUCCAGCAAGUUUGUGGUCAUAGAGCUAUGCCAAGAUAUUCUAGUGGAACAAAUCGCUAUUGCCAACUACGAGUUUUUCUCAUCUACUUUUCAAACAUUAAGGUUCUCGGUGUCGGAUCGAUUCCCGCCCAAGAAUGGGUGGAAGGUCUUGGGGGAAUUCCAAGCUAACAAUACCCGGAACAUACAGAAAUUUGACAUACCAAAUCCACUUAUUUGGGCAAGGUACGCUAGAGUAGAGGUGCUAUCACACUUUGGGAAUGAAUUUUAUUGCCCCAUAUCAGUUGUUCGAGUACAUGGGAAAACAAUGAUGGAUGACGUGAAGUUGGGUGAGUUGGAGGAAAGAUAUAACCAGGAACAAGAGAUCGCCAGAAAAGUCGAAAAGAAAACGAAGGAGUGCAUCGAGGAAGAGAUGGCAGUAUUGUCUUCAGCUGGUGCAGUGUUGGACAAGUGUCAACUUCCAGAUUUUACGUCGAACCCGAAUUUGACUGGAAUUUCAAAUAUAGAGCUUGGAGGGGCACAAUGUCCAACGGUUCUCCCGUUUUUGGAGUUUGAUCAAUUUCUGAGGAAUUUCAAUCAAAGCAUCUGCGAUCCAUCGAAGUUCCAGAAUGCCCCUGACACAUCUAGUACACUACCGUCAUCCUCAACUGAAGAAUCAAUCUUCAAAACAAUCAUAAAAAGGCUGAGUCUUCUAGAAAGCAAUUCAACUUUGUCUCUACGAUAUAUCGAAGAGCAGAGUAAGCUUAUAUCGAAAGCGUUCUCCCAUUCGGAGAAGAAUCAGGCCAGAAAAUUUGAUGCUUUAGUCGACGCUCUCAAUCAAACCAUUUUGUCAAGCUUAGGAGACCUGAAUGUUUUUUCGCAACAACUUCGGGAAUCAUCUCUUAAGGCUUUAGACGAGCAGAAACUACUGAACGAUCAGCUGGUUGCUAAAACCUUAGAAAGCCUGGAACGUGUGAAAAGAGAUGCCAUAUUCCAACAGAGACUGUCCUACACUAUGUUGUUUGCUUUCGCAACGCUGUUGGUUUACGUCUUGUUGGCUAAGGAAGCGUAUGUGGAUGAACCUCCGGUUGAUGACGGCUGGUAUCUAAAUUCUCCUCCAUUACAAAGGGCCAAAAACACCCUCUUGAUGAAAACAAACAAUGAUAGGAAGCCUAGUGGACCACUUGUUUUCGAGGCUGGCCGCGAGAAUCAGGGCACCGAAUACAAAUCUGACAUUUCUGCGUCCACAUCCUCCACUUCUUUGUAUGAAGAAUUCGAUUCAGAGGAUGAUAAAGUUCAUUCACGGGAACGUAAUCCAGUCAAAUCUGUCGAAAGUUUCGAUUAA